UGUUGUUUCAUUCGAUUACAGACAUUCGUUGGUAGUGCUGAAUUAAAAGAAAAAACCAUAGAAAAACUUACGUCGUAAAACAGAAUAUUCGAGCAAGUUUUAGAUUUUUCUCUUGUUAAACAUAAAGUGUAAAUUGGUACAGUGUGUAUUUUGUCAACGGUGCUAGAGGCUGCUUGAAAAUAUUAUAAUUUUAAUAGAUAUCGAAAUUAAUUUUUCUGUACCUUGGAAGUGUCGAGAUUCGAUGUGAACGAACGUAACAUUGGCAAAGUUCUCACGAAGUGUCAAACAGAAAAAUUUAAAGUGAAAUUCGUUCCGUCAAAAUUUCAAGUGUACGACUAAAUCUGGGAAAAUGCCUGCUAAUUCGUAUUCAAGAAUGGAUUCGUCAGGAUCCGGAUCCGAGUCGGACAGAGCUAAUGAAAGCAUUUUAGCUUCGUCUCCAAAUACGUCAUCUCAACAUUCUGGCAGCGACGUCGAAGGUUCCGAUAAGCAACCACGAUUUGUUCUUCCAUCGACUGACGGAAGUCCAUCAAAAGUGGUCACGUUCGACGAAGUGCAACAUGCCAUCAAAAGCGUUGAGAAUAUGUCUCUCGCACACGAACUGGCUGUGAAUCCAGAAUUUCGAUUAAAGUCUUUCGAGCCGACACCAAAUAGCCUCGAAGCAAGGAUAAAGGAAAUGGCGCAUAAGGCCUUCUGGGAUGUGCUGCGUGAAAAUAUUGAACAAGAUCCACCUUGUUUCAAUCUUGCCAUCAAUUUAUUGUCGGACAUAAAAGCCGGAUUCUCACACAUCAUUUCCAAAAACAAUCAGAGAGCUAUGGAUCGGAUAAAUGAAAUUCUGGAUGAGGAUGUAAUUAAGCAACAGGUCACGCAGGGCGUGUUGGACUUCAAAGGCUAUGCAACUUUCAUCAUAGACAUCAUGGCUAAAUCCUGUGCUCCCGUACGGGACGAACAAGUGGCCAAAUUGCGUGAAAUAGAUGACAUCGUGGAUACGUUUCGCGGCAUUUUGGAAACAAUGUCGGUCAUGAAAUUAGACAUGGCAAACUGUUUAUUGGACUCCAUUCGCAAGGAUGUCAUCGCUCAUUCGGUGACCUAUGAACGAGAAAAAUUCCAGGAAUUCCUGAAACUGUACACAUAUGGAUUUCCCAUCACAGAAAAUUGGCUGCACAAGUAUAAACCAGCUGACACUACAAAUCAACGCUGGGAAUUCAACGCUAUAAUUGAGGCCUAUGUCGGUCUGUUGGAAUGGGACCAAGAUGACAAAUUUCCAGAAACACUGUCACUAGAUGAAGUUCGCAUUACGGGUAUUAAAGUCAAGGCGCUAAAGCUGUGCGUAUGUGCAUCGGCGGUUGUUAUCGCCAGCAAUAUUCCACUCAUCGGACAAAAUGCUGAGAAUAAAGCUGGUCUGGCGAAAGAAGUCGCAAUCAUAUUGGAAAAUGUCAAGAACGAUGAGGAUUUACAAGAAAUUAUCGAAAAUGUUUGGCUCCAAAUCAAAACGUACGUUUCGAGUCGAUUGCUGGCUAGCAACGCUGUCAUGGACGAUUUGACGGAGCAAUCGUUCAAGAGUCAAAUUUUAUUGCUGGCGAAUAAAGACUCAUCCAUUCGAUCGCUAAUGUGGAAGCGAUUGAUAACCUAUUUCCGUAUGGUAACAGUAAAUAAGAAUACACUUCCUGCGCCGCCUGGAUUCCUAGAUUUUGUGGACGCUCUGGAAAUAUGUACUGCAUUUAAACGAGUCGUUCUCUAUAACUUUUCCGUAUUUGGCGAUUUCUACCAUGAAGUAUUGAAUAAAGAUGCUCCGAUUCCGAUGUCCGUACAGCCACCGGCUGCACCGACUGCUACAUCGAUAGAAGAAGUUGAUUAAAACAUUUUUUUUCUUUCAUUUUAUUUUUAAAUUGAUUUUUCAGUGUGAUAAUGGAACUAUUUUUUUUUUCGUUUUUGAGUUUUUGAUUUCUUGGUACUUUUGAGAGAAUUGAAAACGAUCGAUUUUUGUGAUGCAUAAUAUCAUUGUACGAUGAUUUUUUUUUAGAUUAAGUGAAAGAACAGGAGUGAACUAUUUAUGUAUACAUUUUAGAAGUAGAAAGAGAGAGUGAGACAGAGAUAGAGAAAAUAAAUUAAAUUUCAAGAAUUUUA